CGGCGCCGCGGCCCGCGCGGAGCGCAGCGCGGUGGGGCGGCGGUUGAGGAGGGGCGCGCUCAGAUUCCUCAUGAAGCAGCAACCAGAAAUAAUCCUUUAGGGAAGGUGCUGUACUUGUCAACAUUGGGUUUUAAUUAGCUGGAAGACAAGAUGCCUAUUUACACAGUUCCUGCCAGGAGCCCUGCUGGGACACGAUGCACAGCCACUUUCCAGAAGGCUUCCUCACACAAUAGCCUGGCCAGCAGUAAAGCUUCUGGACAGCAGCUGAGGUCACAGGUUUUGGGAGAAAAGGAUGGGCUGCCUUCAUGUCCUAAGAAUAAGGCUGAGGAAGUAAAUAGGACCUAUGUGAUUUCAGCUUGUGAAAAAGUGAACGAUGUGUCAACUUCUUUUAAACUGGAAGGCAGAUUAACACUCCAGAGGAGAACUGGAGCAAGUAAAAACUCAGUGUCUGGUAGUGACACAACACAGAAUACAGAAGAACUAGAAACAGAGAAAAGACUUACUCUGCGGAGACGUGUGGGGACUGCCUCCACAGAGGGGAGUACAAUUAAUCAGAAUAUCGUGCCUAGAAAAGGAAAUGGUAACUUUGAUGCACGAGGAAAGGACAAGAUUACACUUCCACACAAUAGUAAGGGUACAGAUGGUGUUAAACCAAACUUGAAGUUAACUGAGAGUCAGUCAAGUACCAAGUUGCAGCAUAACCUGAACAGCAAGGAUACCUUUGGUUUGGUUGGUGGUGUCUGUGAAAAUGCUAUCAACACAUGUUUAAAAGAUAAGAUAAGCACUGCUGACACAAAGUUUCGAAAUGAAGUUCCUAAAUCAGAAUGGUUCAUUACCUCAAAAUGUACUGAUAGGCUGUCAGGAGAACAACAGAAUGAAAAAGGCAAUAUAAAUAAGCUAGCUGGAAAGCAAAGGGUACAGCACUUGAUGAUAAAACAGAGCAGCUUAGAAAGACCAAGGACACCAGCAAAAUAUUUAACAGAAAGAUUUACACUUACACCAAAGAACAGCACUUCUCAAAAUCAACCAUCUCUCAAGCCAGCCUCAAGUGAACGAACACCUCAUCUGCAAGUUUCAGCCAAGAAUCUCCCUACUGUCUCCAGCUCUCUUCCUGUGGGUACAAGUUCAGAAACAAAAGUGAGCACAGAAACUUUAGCUGAGAGCAGCAGUACUGGGGAAGAUGUUUUCAAAGUGAAAAACAGCAAAGUGAUUGUAGCUGUGCGGGUGCGGCCCUUCAGUAACAGAGAGAAAACUGAAAGCUCAUUCCCUGUGAUCUACAUGAAUGGUUCAGAGACAAUUGUACGAAAUCCGUCCACAAACCAAGUUUACAACUUCAGUUAUGACUUCUCCUUCUGGUCUUUUGACAAGGAUCAUCCUAAUUUUGCAAGCCAAGCAAUGAUUUAUAAAACUUUGGCACUGCCACUCCUCGAAAGAGCUUUUGAGGGAUACAACGCUUGUCUUUUUGCUUAUGGGCAGACUGGCUCUGGAAAAUCGUACACGAUGAUGGGAUUUGAUGAAGACCAAGGAAUAAUUCCAAGACUUUGUGAAGAUCUUUUCAAUCAAAUAGCUCAAAUGGACAAGGAACAGGUUUUGUAUCAUCUUGAAAUGAGCUUCUUUGAAGUAUACAAUGAGAAAAUUCAUGAUUUGCUUGUCUUUAAAGCUGAAAAUGGACAGAAGAAACAACUUCGUGUGAGGGAACAUCCAGUGUUAGGACCAUAUGUGGAAGGCCUGACAGUGAAUGUUGUCCGUUCUUACUCGGAUAUUCAGAGUUGGCUUGAACUAGGAAAUAAGCAGAGAGCAACAGCUGCAACAGUAAUGAAUGACAAGAGCUCUAGAUCUCAUUCUGUCUUCACCCUUGUCAUGACACAAACCAAGGUAGAGUUUGUGAAUGAAGAAAAGUGUGAUCGUAGGCUCACCAGUCACAUAAAUCUAAUUGAUCUAGCUGGCAGUGAGUGCUGUACAAAGGCUCAGACCACUGGAGAAAGGCUGAAGGAAGGUGUGAGUAUCAAUAAAUCACUGUUGACCCUUGGAAGGGUUAUUUCUGCACUGUCUAAACAAUCUCAAAAUGGAAAGAAAACUUUCAUUCCAUACCGGGAAUCCGUCCUUACUUGGCUGUUAAAGGAAAGUCUUGGUGGCAAUUCCCAGACAACCAUGAUUGCCACGGUGAGUCCAGCUGGCAGCAGCACUGAGGAGACGCUCAGCACCCUUCGCUAUGCCAAACAGGCUUGUUCAAUUAUCAACAUUGCAAAAGUGAAUGAAGAUGUAAAUGUCAGACUAAUCAGAGAAUUAAAAGCUGAAAUUGAAAAACUGAAGGCAGCUCAGAAAAGUGCUCUGAACACUGAUCGUGAAAAAUACAGGCGUUAUUUGCAGGAAAUAACAUCUCUGAGGGUGGAAUUGCACCAGCAGGAGCGGAACAUGGCUGAAAUGCAAAGGGCCUGGAAAGAAAAACUUGAACAAGCAGAAAAAAGGAAAUUGGAAGAUAUAAAAGAAUUGCAGAAAGCUGGAAUUGCUUUCAAAAUGGACAAUCGUUUACCAAACCUUGUCAAUCUCAAUGAAGAUCCUCAGCUUUCUGAGGUGCUGUUAUAUAUGAUCAAAGAAGGAGAAACUACAGUUGGAAGAUGUACACAAAAUUCAAAACAUGAUAUCCAGCUGUCUGGAGUGCUGAUUGCUGAUGACCAUUGUGUUAUUAAAAAUACUGUUGGCCAAGUAAGUAUUAUUCCACUGAGAGAAGCCAAGACAUAUGUAAAUGGGAAAUGCAUUUUGGACCCAACAGUUCUGCAUCAUGGUGAUCGAGUGAUUCUUGGGGGAGACCAUUAUUUCAGGUUUAAUCAUCCAGCAGAGGUUCAGAAAGUUAAAACACCUUCUUGUGGGACUUCGUAUUUGCAUGAUGGUCCAAAAGAUUUUGAAUUUGCAAAGAAUGAGCUGCUUAUUGCACAGCGAGCACAGCUUGAAUCAGAAAUUGAAGAGGCACGACUCAAAGCCAAGGAAGAAAUGAUGCAAAGUGUCCAAAUAGCAAAAGAGAUGGUUCAACAAGAACUGACUGCACAAAAAGAAGCAUAUGAGAGCAAAAUAAAAUCUCUAGAAGCAGAGGUGAGAGAAGAAUCUCGUAAGAAGCAAAUCCAAGAACUGAAUAACCAAAAAGCCACAACUAAAAUACAGGAGCUGGAGAAGGCAAAGAAAAGCCUUGAGCUAGAACUCAACUUCAGUAAAAAGCGUUUAGAAAUGGAGACCUUAGCUACCAAGCAGGCUCUAGAAGAACAUACUAUUCAUCAUGCAAAGAUAGUGGAAGCUCUGGAAGCUGAGAAGCAGAAGAUUGCUGAGGAAAUACACACCCUUCAGAAGAAUCAUGGAAGUGGGAAUAAACCAGUCAUGAUUCCACUGAACUGGAAGUCUCUGAAGCUCUCUGUGAUGAUUAAAGAGGCAAACACCAUUAGCAAUGCAUUAGGGAAAAACACUGUUUUCUGCAGGCAUGACAAAAUUGAUGAUAAAACAGAAUCAGUGUCUUCUAUUCAGGUGCAGGUUCGUAAUAUCAAACUGGGAAUAACAACUUUCUGGAGCCUAGAGAAAUUUGAGUGUAAACUAGCAGCAAUGAAAGAACUCUAUGAGAGUAAUGAUAGAAAUAAAGCUGUUGUUGAUGUGUUUUAUGAUCCUGCUGAUGAGUGGGAACCUGACCUUUCAGAUAGUUCCAUUUCCUUGCUUUCAAAAAGAAGAAGUAGAAGCUUCAUGAAGAACAAGAGAAUUUCUGGAUGUUUGUCUGAGAUAAAAUUGCAAUCUAUUCAGAAUAAACAGACUUCCUACAUAUCAGAUUCACUGAACAAGCCCAGCAUAUGCUCAAGCACUUCUGAAUUGUUUCUUCCUGGCAUUUGCAAGGAAUCAAUAAGUUCAGCUUUAGAUUUGCUGGAACAGAAUCAUGAAGGAGGAAAAAGCAUACCAGAUAGUCUCCUAACUAAUUUGUUUAUAAUUCUUUCUGGAGCGUCUGCCAUUUCAAAAGCUUAUGAACAGCAAGAUGAAGAAUGUCAGGAAAACUUUUUCUCUCUUGAUCGUGCUGCUCAGUCCUACAGCAUCAGAAUUGUCUCUGCAUUUGACCAGAUUGUGGUUAUAAGUAAACUCUGGCUUAAUAGUAUCCAAAAGUGUCCUGGAUCUAGAAAAGUUGACGAAGAAAUGAAACAGGAAAUAAAGAACUUGGGAGGUUAUUUACAGUUGCUGUUGCAGGGGUGUUCUUCAGAUAUAUCCUCGAUGGUAACAGAAGCAUGGAGCAAAGUAAACCAAACGGUAAAACAAACAAUGAAAUAUGUAGGACACAUGGCAGUAGUCACAACAACUGAUAUUUCAUUUCCUGAAGAGAACAACAUUCCUGCCUCAAGUCUACAGGAAUUUGUACUUGCCAUUUAUGAUGGAGUAGGCUCAGGACUGGAGUGUCUCAUUGAUGCUGUACAGGAGAAAGCAAGAAUAGCACAGAAAGAACUUGUGAAACAAUGUCCUCAAAAUGAGAUUCAAAAUCGAAUAAAGGAUAACGUGAUGGCACUAGCCAAAUUCCUUGAAAAUAAUAUGCCUUACUGCAGAAAGAAAGAAACACAAUCUCAGUUGCCAGAAGACUCUCUAUAUAAAGAAAUAAAGAAGAGCACUAAGAUUGCUGUGAAGUAUUUGGAAUUGGAGCAGUGCCUGACUGAAGUCUGUCAAAUUGUCUCUUCCAUGUUACAAGGGUUGUACAGAAACACCAGCCCUCUCAGGAGCUCUGCAGAAAAUAUUUCUGUCAUUGCUGGAUAUUUUAACAACUAUUUCAGUUUAUUUGCCUUGUCUUCUGCAAACAACCCUAACCAGAAAAUGCAUGUGCCUUUUAUGAACCUGGAUGAAUUGGACUCUCUGGUUGAUUCCCUUAUUAUGAAUUUUGAACUUGAACAAGGACACCCAUCACUGCAAUCUCAAAUUAUUCAUAAUGAAACUACUGAGACUCGAGGAGGGCAUGUUGAAACAGAUCAGGUUGAAUUUGCUUGGAAAUGGAAUGGGAUUCCAGAAUGCACACAGACUCCAGAGCUUUCACCUGUGCCCAUACAUCAGCAGUGAGCCUGUGCUGCAUUAACACAUCAUCACGCUUAGCUGAGGCCCCAGCCAUCCAUGGAUGUAAUGCACUAUAAGGUAAGGUAUAUUUAUAACUAUAGGCCAGUGUAUCUAGAAAUUAUCAGUGCCAAGGAGCUGGCAUCAUAGCCAAUAUUUAUUAAAACACCUUUCAUUAACUGUUAUUAAUGAAAUUAAGAUGUUUACUCCCAGCAAGUAACUGUUCACACAGUACUUUCACUUACUCCAUCACACUUCACUUGCACCCACAAAUAAAAAUCACUCGUGGCUACAAGGCUGGAGCAACAACUGUGAGCUUCUCAUUCUAAAGUGGAGGCUCAGAUUGGCUUUGAUGGGACUUUGAUGUGCCAGGCACCUCAACUGCCUCUUUUUGGUUACUGCUGUCUAGCUACUGUUUCUUCAUCCACAGCUACAGGUACCCAUAGAACUGUUCACACACACUUACCCAGACAGAACUUUCAUGGUUUGGGCUGAAACUUACUCAGUGUCUGAAGUCAUGCUUCUGCUAAAAGCACUAAAUUUGAUCUUGAAAGGCUUUGGAGUUUUCAAAUCUACAGCCUUCAGCUCCAUGACACUGAAAGAAACUGUGAUUGAACAGUCAGGAGCACGUGGGAAGGGUGGGAAGUACUAUGAAGAAAUGUUUAGACACCUGACUGAAAUGUAUAGUUUUCUGCAGUUAUUAUGAAUUUACUUUGUUAUAUGUAUUGAUGUAAUUUGUGGGCUGUUGUGUUGGUGUGGGUGUUUUGUUCAGAUUGCUUUUUUUUUUUUAACGUUGAUUUUCUUCUUUUUCCUUCAGGAAAUUAUUCUUCAGUCAGCUUUCAGGUAAAAAGUAACUGGAACUAUAGGUACUUGACCCAUGGGUUUUAAUGACUGACGUAAAAGGAGGGGGGUUUUGUUUUAAUUUAACUGUAAAGGAGGGGACAGGGUACUCAGACUGCUGUACGCUCAUUUAACUGGAAAAUGUAAAACUACAAAAAAUCUAACAAAUUAAAUACAUUCUCUUUACAAUAGAAGUCACUUUAAUAAAUGAGUAAGAAAUAGUUAUCUGUUCCAUACUUUAUUUUAAAAAUGGUAUUAAUUAAUAAAAAGACAUAAUGGUUCUGAGAGUACCCAAUGUUGACCUAUCUUUAUUGAGACACAUUGUGUGUAAAUGACCUUUUAGAAGAAAGUGCAGUCUAGCUAUGCUUUUAAAAGAAUUUGUAUUAGUCUUAGAAAUUAAGGAUAAAUAAACUCUUCUAGUACUUGCUUGGAAAUUCUAGAUGAAGGAAAGCAGCAAGCUGCAGUUUAGAUUUAAUUUGAUCCAGUAAUGGCAUCUGCAUGCAGAAGAGGAGACUACAUCUGAUUCACCUUUGCAAAUACAAUCUGCUAUUUUUGGACAGGCUGUUCUCAUUCUUCAUUUAAUUAAAAAUACUGUGAUUUGAUGAGUCCUGUUACUUUUGUAUGUUUUGCAGCUUUUAUGAUUUCAAGGUGGGUUUUUGUUUUGUUUAGUUUUGGUUUUUUAAAAUAUUAUUAUUUUAGGACAGUAUUUUAAUUCCCUUCCUAGCUUUUGGUAGUAUCCAAGAGGGUUUAUACCUUUCCCCAAGAACUGUGUUUUUUUGGUUUUUUGUUUUGUUUUGUUUUUUUGAGUCUUGAUUUUUAUUUUUUUCUAUUUAAAACCCCCAACAAUUGCCAACUUUUCUUUGUUGUAUUCUCUUUUUGGUACAUGUAACAAGAUCUGGUUGUUCUUGAAUUUUUUUCCUGCCCCAUUUUCGUUUGUUUGUUGUUGUCUUAGUAUGUUUGUGUUCAUGAGUAGCUUUGGCUUCUAGGACAGGAGACAGUUAAAAUAAUCUAAUCAAUUUUCAUAUGAUUUGAUCAUUGCAGUGGAAACAGGACAAAACAGAUCUUCUGAGCUAAAUGCUUCAUUAACAUCAAGCACCACAAGCAACAUUUUGAAUGUGAGCUAGAGUGGCUCACCUCUGUCCUGGUGGGAUUCUGUUCUGGGGCACCCAGCCAGGAUUAUGCUGAUGAAAUACUCCUAUAGCAACUGGUGAAAGUCUCGUUGCCAGAGCUGAUUGUGUAACUCUCUAUCCAUAACCAUUUGCCUUUUAUUAACACUUUAUAAUUCUCUCACCAGUUUUCAUUCUGCCUCUUGCCAGCACUCUCCCUGAGCAGCAUUCUCAGAAGGACAGCAGUGACAUUUUGUACAAUUUUAUAGUUGUGGAUUUUUUUUCCUCUCAGUUUAGGAAAGUUCUGCUGGCUAUGCCGUGUGUGUUUCCCAAAAAACGUGGUAUGUGCUGCGGUGUUUUUCCCUUCCUCGGGGUUUUUUCCUUGCCCCGGGGCUGAGAGGAUGAAGCCGUGUGCCAGCGGUGCGCUGCGAGGGCUGUGCUGCUCCCGGAGAGCCGCUGGAUGGCGGUGCUGCCCAAGGCGAGGGCGCUUUCCAGCGCUCCUGAGCUCCAGAGAACAACUUUCCUGCUACACGGCCCCUUAACUAUUUGACAGCUUAAAGCACAGCUGUAAUCUAUGCACAAAAAUACCUAUUAUCUCACACUUAUUUUUUUUCACAUUGUUAGUUUAGAAUUUAUUUUUUUUUUCUUCAAGUUAUUAUUAAGGAAAAAAACCCAUUAAUUUUGCUUGCACAUAAUACAGUACAAUAAUGAGUAAAUUUCAAAAAUAGCAUGCUUAACUCUACAAGCAGUCUCGAGAAAUAGCUUUUCCUGUCAUGUUCUUAUGAAUAGCGCAGGAAAAAAAAAAGCUCAGAUUUAAUACUGGGAUAUGUAAAGCUAGGAGAGAUGAUGGCUAGUAAAGCAAAUUUUAUGCCAUUUUAACUACUUUCUGAAGCUACUUCUAAUUACCAAAAUGCCUAUAAAUAAACUAAUUUGCUGCACAGGGGCUUGGGUGAUUCCUUUAUUCCCCUUUGUGUCUUCCACAAGUCACAUAAUGGGUCAAGAAUAA